CUCUGUGCAGCUGUCCUAACCGCCCAGGCUGUAACUUUGAAGAGGCGUAAAUAGAAUAGAAAAACUUCUGGUGGAUGAAAAAUGAACACCACACUGAAGCACUGGAGGGAGGCAGCUACUCUCAUUUUAGCCGCCGGCCACAAGCUGGGACCGGGCCCUUUACUGUCAAGGACACCGCUGAGCAGCGGCGAUGGAUGGUCACAUUUACCUCUCAAGUCCUGCUUUGAUUACGACGUUUUAAUGCUCAAACGGAGCAGUAAAAGCAGAUUCAUGCCCAACGCUUACGUGUUUCCUGGUGGUGUGUUGGACUCCUCGGACUUCUCCAGUGAAUGGUUGGACAUUUUUGAAUCUUUUAGGAACUGUCCUAAUUUUGGUUUGAGGAGGGUCAAACAACCCCCAGAGACCAGACCACCUAUCUUCGCCACAGACCGGCUCAAACUGGGCUCUCCUGUCCCCGGGGAGGUCGCCUUCAGGAUAUGCGCCCUCAGGGAGACGUUUGAGGAGUCUGGUGUGCUCUUGGUCGUGUCUAAAGUGGAGGAGAAACGUUUGUUAAAAAGCAUGGAGGGCAGCUGUGACACGGAUAAAGUGCUCCACAACAAAACGAGUUCACUGAGCAGGAGUGAACUCACUAAAUGGAGAGCUCUGGUGAACCAAAACCCCUCCAACUUUAUCAGGAUGUGCAGAGAGCUGGAGGUGCUGCCCAACAUCUGGGCACUGCAUGAGUGGAGCAACUGGCUCACUCCUAAAGGACGACGAGCAGCUAGAUAUGAUACCGUUUUCUUCAUCUGCUGUCUGCAGGAUAUCCCUCACACACUGCAGGACGAAAAAGAGAUAGUGCACUUUAAGUGGUCCACACCCUCAGAGGUCUUGCAGAGCUACCAGGCAAAGGAGUUUUGGAUUGCCCCACCACAGUUCUACGAGCUCAGCCGCAUGUGCCGUCUACCCCUGCUGAAUGACCUCCAUAACUUCUCCAGCAAGCGUGCCACAGAGGGCUUAGAGCAAUGGCUGCCUGUGGUUUCCUCAAAAGAUGGACAGCACAUAUCACUGCUGCCAGGUGACAGAAGUUACCCAUUGGACCUUUCAGAAGACGCUCAGGAGGAUUUAAGUUCAGACUCUGAGCAAGAGGAUCCACAAGAUGCUCCUUCUCUGCACAGAAGUUUGAUUAUAGAUCCGUACACUAUCAAUCUACAGAUCACCAUCACGCCAAAAUACAACCAUCUGCUUCCUGUGGUGGAGCAAGCUGCUUCUCCGGACUCAAAAAAUCAGUGCUGUUGGUUACCCUUCACAUCUGGCAGUGGGUUUUAACAAUUUUUAAAACAAUACAAGUUGUUAAAGAAGCUGACUACGACCAGCAUAUUUUUCAUUCCCUGGAAAGUUGGAGAUAAGAAGUUUUGGCCCGACGCCAAAUGUACCUUUUUACUACAGGAUCUCAUCCUGCAGUCAAACAUACUGCAUCAAUUGUAAGUUUUGCUGCCAUUUGUCUGACACCUACCCCCCUGGCAGCGGUUUUAGACAUUAAAAGCAACUUUGGAGAAGUAAUCUGUCUUCAUAUGGAUGGUCCUGUUUGCUUUUUGGCUCUUAAAGAAACAGCUGAAUGUAUUUUAGUGGGUUUCAUGUCCAGCUAAAACUCUUCA